AUGCACAGAUUAUCGGUAUUAGUCUUCCUAAGGACAGCCGUCGGGUUUCUUCUACCACCCAUAUGCACUACGCCGAGCGUUUUUGACCCUUUGCUGUGCUGUCCUUUAGAAACCGAGGAUUACGACUUAUUUGAAAAUAACGCAAGCAAAGGCUCAUACCUACGGGGAGGAUCCUGGAGCGUUGGUAACACUUGCUACGAUGCCGGUUCUGACGAAUAUUGCAUUUAUACAGAUCUCCGAUUCAACAAUGGAGAAGGAAUAUCGUUGAUCACAACAGCAGAGAGCACGGAGAAAAUCACUGCGAGGAUAGCUUUCAAACAAAAGGUUUCAAUCCCAAGAACAGAUGGACCAUAUCGUGAGGUGGAGAUACCGGGCAAGGGCCGCGGGUUGGUGGCCACGAAAGUUCUCCAGGCAGGUCAAAACCUCAUCUCGCGGACACCAGCUCUAGUUGUCAAUGUCAAGGCCGUCGAGAAACUUCAAAGACACAAGCUAGACGACCUCCUUGCUCGUGCUGUUGAUAGUCUGCCAACGGCGCACCGAGAAGAAGUACUUGGGUUGUCCACACACGAUAUCGCGAGCACCCAUGUAGAAAAGGUUGGCAAGAUAUUCAGAACAAACUCGUUUUCGACCGGAAUUCAUGAUGGCAAGUCGAAUUUUCGGUCACUUUUUACUACAGUAUCACGGAUCAAUCACAGCUGUCGACCGAAUUGCGUGUAUCACUUCGACAGCAAUACGUUUUCUCAACAUGUCGUCGCUGUUCGUGAUAUACAACCGGGAGAAGAGCUCUCAAUCGCAUAUAUUGACCCAGUUCUGGUGAAGUCGGAAAGACAGAAGCGGUUGAAAAGCUGGGGCUUUGAAUGCUCAUGUGAGCGCUGCAGCGCUAACACAACUCAAGUCGCCGAGUCAGACGGGAACAUCACGGAGAUUCAUCGCUUAUGGAAACAGCUAGACAAUUACUCAGCGUCGUCCGGUGCAACGCCGGCGAUGGCGGAACGCCUUAUCUCUCUGUAUAAUCAAGAGGGUCUUGAGAGUCGCAUACAGGAGGCACAUUAUCGUGCGGCGGUAGAGUGGAUAGGUCUCGGCGAGGCUGAAAAGGCCUCGCAACAAGCCGCUUUAUGCAUCAAAUACGGCACGUUAUUCUUAGGCCCUGGGCGCCCCUUCAUCGAGAAGAUGAGACAGCUGCUGGAUAGUCCGACUGAUCAUCCGCAGUGGAUGUUCAGAUCGAACCAGCAUGCCGAUAAGAAUACAUAG